UUUCACAAAAACGGUUCGUUCACACGUCAGAAAUUAUUUUGAGAUGAAGUGUUCAGAUGAGCCGAUUCGCGAAAAUGAAUCUGUUCAUGAUGUUCGUGGGCGUGGCCUACAGGACGCGACCAAUAGCGAUUCAGUGGGCGUGUACGUAACCCGUUCUAUUAUUACUCAGUGUUUUACGAUGUCCAGCUUUCGUUUAAACAGCUAGCGACGUUACGCACAAGAUAAACAGAGAGGUGCUCACUAUAAACCAUUUACAAGCGAGGACGUUUCUUUUACAGUAUGAAUGUGAGACAGCCGCACAGGUAGUCUGAGAGAGAGAGAGACCCUUACAGACAGGUGCAGAGAGACAGUUAGAACAUGUCAGAGGAAGAUCAGAUAAGUGUCUUAUUCGCUCAAACAUCAGCACAAAGCUCAAUUCAGCCAUACACUCAGUAUUCAAAGCACAGAUCGUAUACUCAGAGCUCUUUUAAGGAGAGAGAUAUGGCUCAGGAGACCAAUCAGACACAAGUGCUCUGUUCGAAUGGUUGUGGGUUUUAUGGGAAUCCUCGUAAUAACGGCAUGUGUUCUGUGUGCUACAAAGACUCCUUACAGCGACAGAACAACAGCGGCAGGUCCAGCGAUCCAGUGUCUUCCAGCCUUAGCAGUAAAGCAGAAUCUAUGACUGGACAAUCGACGUCACCGCAUGAACAAAACAGUCAGUGUUUUUCAACGCCAACACCAGCAGCAGCAGCAGCUACACAUGAAGAAGGUGCUUCAGCAGCAGCUCAGUCAAGCCUGAAAACACCAGAAUUGUUGUGCAGUAAAUUGGCGAGAAACUUUCAGGAGACCAAGGCAGGUAGCUCAUCAGCAGAGGAUUGCAUAUCGAGAGGAAAGAGGAAGCUUGAUGAAACUUGUCAGUCCAUAGAAAGAGUGUCUGCCUCAGAUGUCUCAGAGCAAACCUCAGAUGUACCAGAGCAAUCCAGACCCAAGAAGAACCGCUGCUUCACUUGCCGCAAGAAAGUCAGGCUCACUGGCUUCGACUGCCGGUGCGGGCACUUGUUUUGCAGCAUCCACCGAUACUCAGAUGUUCACAACUGUAGCUUCGAUUACAAGGCUGAUGCAGCUGAAAAAAUAAGGAAAGAAAACCCACUUAUCGUUGGGGAGAAAAUCAAGAAGAUCUGAGUUGAAGAUUGCUAAGAUGUUUUUUACCAUCUUUUCCUUGAAACCUUCAAUUGUGCAUGCUACAAUGAAACAUAUACGCAAAUUUAUUUUGUCUCUUUGUUUCAUUUUACCUCUCAAGUUUAUUUACUUACAAAAUACUGUGGUGUGUAUACCGUGAAAUAUUUAUAUAAUUAGUCAUUUUAUUUACAUUAACAAAUGGGUUUUAGUUCUCACAUGCUGAGACGACUCGGGUGACCGUAUAUUUCUGGUGAUGAAUAAAGCUUGCAUGUUAAAGCCAUUGCCAGAAUUUUUUUUCUUUAGAUUUUUUUCAAUGACGAUUGUAAGCAAGAAAAUUACAUUAUUUACGUAAUAUAAAAAAGAUAAGGUUUUAUUAUCAAUUACUGUAUUUGUUUCAUCCUUGGUUUAAAAACUUAAGAAGUUUAUAAGUCAUUUAAAAUAAACAAAUUAUGUUUGUGACUGCGGACUCUGGUUUAACAGGUUUUUUUUUUUUUUUUGCACUUCAUUACAGACUGUGAUUUACAUUUUCCACAUAGUUCAUUUAUUAGAGUGAGUGGAAGUUGCGAGUGAUUUUAUUUAUGUGUGUGUAUUCACUGCAUUCAUGUUCAAUAAAGUUUUACACGUCA